AGCGAGCUCAUCGAUGCUUACAACAUGGCGAGCGAAUUUCACCGUUCGUUUCUGUGAGAAAAGUUGAGCUUUUUAAAACGCGUUUCGAGAUUACCGUGGGGGAUAGAAACGUCACGUGAAGAAAUGGCCUCCGCAAACGCGCGUGAGUGUACCGGAAAAGCUCUUAGUAGCGGACAAACGGAAGAAGAAGAUGCCGAGCACGGUGACGGUAGUGACUGUGAAUCCACAUCACCGAGUUUCAACAGCUCCGACUACUCUGAUGAUUUGGAACCUGAAUGGCUCGAUGACAUCCAAAAGAAUGGCGAGCUCUUCUACCUGGAGUUGAGUGAGGGCGAAGAGGAGGCUGCCUUGGCCCAAGCCACCGCCAACCAAGGUGUUUCCACCAAUCAUGUUCGCUUCAGCGAAAAGGAGGCCGAGAUCAUCACAGACCAAAACAAGAAGCAGCGUUGCGGUUCACGGACGAAAAACGAGCCAGCACUUAAAAAGCUAGCCAGGAUCCUGAGGCGAAAACGGCGUCCGUCUCAGCGCCGAGGAGGAGGGAAGGAUGGGGGUAAAGACAACUCUGCUGUAUCGUCGCCUCCAGCGUCCAUCCUGAAGAACCAGCCGGGUCAAAGGCAGGGUGUGAUGGUUCAGCAGCAGCAGCUGAAGGAAGUGUGCGUCUACCUCAACCCUAAACGUCUUGGAGGGACAUCAACACCUCUCUCGGACAGUGGAGGCCUGCUGGAAGCGCUGCUGGGGGUGGUGCAUCGCCCUUCAUGGAGCAGAGGACAGGGAGACCCUUCAGUGGUCGGGCAGGAAGAAAGACUGACUGUUCAUGGAUUAAUACCCAACAGCCCGGCUAUCAAAUGUGGCCAGAUCUUAAUUGGUGAUGUGCUUGUAGCAGUGGACGAUGUGGAUGUGACCUCUGAGAACAUCGAGAGGGUUCUGUCCUGCAUCCCAGGACCAACACAGGUGAGACUGACGCUGGAGACGGUGGCUCAGUUGGACGGCAGCAGUGCUAGUGACACUUCAUCGGUCCGUAAGACGAAGGCUUCUCCGCCGGUCAGCCAGCUGGUGCGUCUGCUGUGGGGGGAGGACACAGCCGAGCUUCAGAUGUCCAUAGGACACAUCCCACACAUCGUCAUGUACCUCUCACUUAAACUGGACUCAGCAUCACCGCACGACGAGGAGGAGAUCUUGUACCAGUACCCGGUGUCUGAAGCAUCCGGCCAGCUGAAAGGAGUGAGGGGGAUCUUCCUCACUCUGUGUGACAUGCUGGAGAACGUCACAGGAGGGCGAAUACUCAGUUCUUCUCUGCUGCUCGGGAAACAUCUGGUACAUGUGGGCUACUGGAAGGAAAGCAACAACCUGCUGGUCAUCGGUCUUCCUGCUGAGAGGGUUCCACUGCUGUAUCUGCAGACAGUGGUGGGAGACGUAGUGCGGACAUUAAAAGUGAUGUACGGCUCCUUAGACAGUGCGUUCUGUAAGGCGGACCACGCUCCCAGGUUGGACCACUUCUUCUGCCUGUUCUUCCAGCAGCUCAUCCAGCCGUCUCGCUUGAGGGACGGCUCCUUAGCACCGCCCCCCGAUGUCUCAGGGACCCUUUUUCUCGACGGGCUGCCGGCGGUCCGAUGGCUCACACUGCCUCCAGAAAUCAAGAUGGAGGUAGAUACCGUCCUCUCUGAUUUCGAGUCUUCAGAUUUUGGAGAAAUGUCUGAGGACUAUUUCGGCCUGAGGCGCCUGUAUGUGAUUCUUGGCUCCUGUUUGUUCUACAAGUCCUACCUGAUCGCCAACCAUCUGCCUAAAGAGGACCUGCUGGACGUGUGCCUGUACUGCCAGCACUACUGCCUGCUGCCGCUGGCAUCUGAGCAGCGGGUGGGUCAGCUGGUCAUCUGGAGGGAGGUGUUUCCUCAGCAGAGAGCCAACAGCAGCAGCGACACUGCACCAGGCUACGGUCAGCCUCAAGGACGGCACUUCCUCCUCAUAGUGGGGCUGAGGCACUUCAUGCAGUGUGUGCUGUUGGAGGCAGGCGGCUGUGCUUCACCAGCUCUGGGCUCUCCAGGACCUGACUGUGUUUACGUAGAUCAGGUGAAGGCCACCUUGCUGCAGCUGGAGGUGUUGGAGGCAGGUAUUGAAGAGCGUCUAAAUGCUCCACCUGCUCCCUGCCUGUCAUGUGCUGACUGGUUCCUCCCUGCUGCCACGGCUCGCGACCGCCUGGACAGCCUGGCCUCCUCCUCCCCCGUCUUCAGCAAGCUAGCUGGGGCAGUUAAAGGCUCCUCCACAGGGGCCAGAGGCCGCAGCCUGUUUGGGGAGAAGGCUCGGAGGUCCAGCCCCCAGAGGAGCCUGUCAGACAGCGGGAGCGAGGGACAGAUGGAUGGAGGGUCAGGGUCUGGGUCAUCAAUGGCUCCAGGCCUCAGUCCACAUUCCACCCCGGACUCUGGGAGGAAGUUAGGGGGGCGUCGGGACUCGCUGGGGUCUGGAGGGUCUGAUGGGAGUGGGGGCAGCGGAGGCCUCUUCAAGGUUCCCAGAAUGAAGCACCCGAACCCAUUCUACCUGGGCACACUGAAGAAGACCCUGACUGAAAGGGAGACAGAGGAGAUGUACAACACCAUGAAACUGACCUCAGGUGCAGAGAACACCUUGUUCCACUACGUCCUGAUGGAAACUGUUCAGGGGAUCUUCAUUGCUCCGACACACAGAGAGGUGGCUCAGCUCAGCGGCUCAAUCCACCCACAGCUCAUCCGCAACUUCCACCACUGCUGCCUUUCCAUACGGGCCGCGUUUCAGCAGAGUCUGCCAGCCAGGGUGAGUCGGAAUUUACAAAGUUAUAAAUGA